AUGGCUGUUCUGCAGGAGAAGGAGUUUGCUGCCCUGCAGCUGCUGCUCAAGGUAGGUGUCUGCUUCCUGCUUGUACCCCCCAGGUAAGGACAGGCACCCUGCUGGCUGAGAGUAAUGGGAGUUGCAGAAUGCUAUGGUAUUCCAAUCUCAAACAGCUGCUGUAUAUAUUUAUAUAUAUUUAUAUAUACUGUAUGUCACCCAGGUUUCUAAUCAUUAAAGGCUCACUGUGUCAGCUACUAACCACAUAUAUGUUGCUAAAUGCAUUGUAUGAUGAUUUGUAAUCUUCCACACGUCAAACGGUGGGUUGUGCUUAUAGAGCGCCAAUAUAAAGCUCUGUGCAGUAGUUAGAGGCAGUGUUAAUAUUUAUAAAGCACCAACAUAUUCGCUAUGGAAUUUGAUGGCGAUGUAUAACUAAUAAAAUAAUAAUAAUAUUCCUCAGCGCUGUACAAUGCUCCUGUAGAUACAAGUGCCGCUACAGUUGCACGCAGUGCUCUUAUUGUUUGUUUAUAAAGCACCGACAUACACUGUGGCGAUGUACAAUGCUCUGGUGAGCUAAUGUGUAUUCGUGUAUAAAUGCAGUAAUAUUUCUAAGCAGCACUUUUUCCCUUAAUAUUACUCGUAAAGCGUCAACGUACUCUGUAAUGCUUUGGUGAGCUGAUGAUGUGCCUUCUUGCAUAAGUGCAGCUUUGGUCAGUCAGUGCCAUUAUUUGAUUAAAUUCUAUUCUGGUAGCUCAUUUGGCUUCAGACACUGCCGUUAUGAAAUAACACUUGUGGGCCAGGCCUGUGCAGCUUUCAAAUCACAAACCAAAAGCAGAAGCACAAAAUGGUUUCACAUUUCCUUACAACGCUGGCUAGAGUCCUGCACAAUUAUUACCAGCCAUCUCUGUUGUCUAUCUAUAGCCAUUUAAUCAGUGGAGAAUGGUGACCAAUAACCCUAUUGGGCCCAAGCCUUCUCUAAUGCACACACAUGCUAUAAUACAUGUAAUCUCGCUGUGCUUGAGGACAUCCAGCGUCACCAGAAUCCCCAUAUGAAAUCCUAAUACGAGCGCAGCCAUUGUCCCUUGGUGCUGGACCCAGAUAAGUGACAGAAGGGGUUUUUAACCCCUUCUUCACCACGGGGGGCUUGAUGGAGGCGGAAGCAACAAAAUUAGUUUGUUUUCCUGGCACUAUAGUCACCCUUUAAAGUCAGUUUCUUAAUUAGUUUAUUUAACAUUCACUUUCUGGCCUCUUCUAUUUGAAUAUUGUGUGGUGCUGCUCAGUUCCAGGAUUUAGCACAUCUUUAUAUAUAAAACUAGUUUAAUUUGGGUUAAUUUAAUUGUUUUUAUGAUUUUUAACUAGCUACCGUUUAUCUGCCAAUCACAUGUGCCUGCUGUCAGAAGUUAGAAUUCUGCUACCCUUCAUUGCAAGCAGUGUUCUCUUAUAGAAUCCUGUCCUGUAGGCACAGCUCCUUCUAAAUUGAUUUAUAUAGAAAGUCAAGAUUAUACAAACAUUGAAUCGUUUUAUUUGCGAGAGCAUAAUGAGUGAGUUAACUCUUCAUCUCUUGUUAAAGGCUUCCUCAAAGGAUGUGGUUGGAAAUCUUUGCAGGGAUUCAUUUCCAACAUCUGCCAUUGGUUCUGUACAGUUGAUUGAUAGUGUAUCGGACAAUCUAUCUGUCACCCCUGAAGAAGCUGCUGAGGUAAGUAGUGACGAUCUUGUAAGCUGCAGGCUUCUCAAUUGGGGCAAAAUUCAGUAAAUUCUCCUUAAACAAGUAAUCAUGGAGAAAUUUAUUUAUUUUAAAUGUUUCACCAAGAAUACAUUGAGAUUUCUCUUGUUUCCAAGUGUGUCCUGAUGAAAUAGAAAUCUCCUAACUAUACAUAUGUCCAUAUACAAAAUUACAUAAAUAAAUAUACACGUAGACUUCAAAUAUAUAAAUAUGCAUAUAUAUUUAAAUUCUAUGUGCGUAUUUAAGUAAUAUUUUGACAUAAUUAAGUAAUUUUAUUGAUUGCAAUUUGAGGGACCUGCCUGCCAACCCAGGCCGAAAGUCCAGAGAAUUUAAUUUGCUGGCACUGUAUUUUACCCUGUAACGUUCUACGACACCCUAAAACCUGUACAUGGGGGGUACUGUUUUACUCGGGAGACUUCGCUGAACACAAAUAUUAGUGGUUCAAAACAGUAAAACAUAUCACAGCGAUGAUAUUGUCAGUGAAAGUGACUUUUUUUGCAUUUUUACUGCUGAUAUAAUUGUUGUGAUACGUCUUCCAGUUUUUAAACACUAAUAUUUGUGUUCAGCGAUGUCUCCUGAGUAAAACAGUACCCCCCAUGUACAGGUUUUAUAGCAUUUUUGAAAGUUCAGGGUCAAAUAUAUGGGUCAAAUAUUUUUACAUUGAAAAUGGCCAGGUUGGUUACGUUGCCUUUGAGAGCGUAUGGUAGCCCAUGAAUGAGAAUUAACCCCCUUGAUGGCAUACCAUUUGCAAAAGAAGACAACCCAAGGUAUUGCAAAUGGGGUAUGUCCAGUCUUUUCUAGUAACCACUUAGUCACAAACACUGGCCAAAAUAAGCGUUCAAUUUAGUUUUUUUACUUUUUUCACACACACACACAAAUAUGAAUGCUUACUUUGGCCAGUGGCUACUAAAAAAGACUGGACAUACCCCAUAUUGAAUACCCUGGGUUGUCUACUUUAAAAAAAAAAAACAUGUACAUGUGGGGUGUUAUUCAGAGAUUUAUGACAGAUAAUAGUAUUACAAUGUCAAAUAAAUAAAUAAAUUUUAAAAAUGUAUGUUUUGAAGCCGCAAUAUCCUACUUGUACCUAUAGCCCUAUAACAUACAAAAAAGCAUGUAAACACUGGGUAUUUUUUAAAUUCAGGACAAAUUUUUGAAUCUAUUUAGCAGUUUUUUUCAUUCGCUUUUGUAGAUGAGUAAAAGAUUUUUCAAGUAAAAGUCAAAAAUCAUGUAAUUUUUUUUCAAUUUUUCAUCAUAUUUAUUUUUUUUUUAAAUUAAAAUACAUGAGAUUAUAUAAAUAAUGGUAUGUAAAGAAAGCCUCUUUUGUCCUGAAAAAAACCAAUAUAUAAUUUGUAUGGAAACAGUAAACGAGAGCGCAGAAAAUUACAGCUAAACACAAACACCACAAAAGUGUAAAAAUAUGCCUGGUCGCAAAUGUACAACAUCGCAAAAACAGUCCAGUCCUUAAGGGGUUAAAGGAACACUAUAGUCACCCCAACCACUUUAUCUCAAAAGCAUUGCAGUUUUUGUUUUUAAAUACAUCCUUAGAACCACUAUAGAUGAAUCCAGACUGAGUAAAAACCUGGGAAUCCAAUGCUGCUGAGGGCAGCUUAUGAUUAGAGGAACGCGGCAUUUGGCUGUGCAUACCUAGUUCCAACUGAUUGGAGCAGAGAAUGAGCAGCUUGUAUGCUGACCUCAUAGGAGGUGGAGCGGGAAGCUGCGGCAGAGGAGUCCCGGCGCUGGAAACUAGGGGAUGAACAGAAGGAAAGCAAUAAUCCCAAAGUAUUGAUUGUGCUUUGCUAAAACUCCCCCAGCUCUCAAAGCCUGACAUUGCCAACAAGUAGAGCUUAGAGUAUCUAUUUAAGCGGCAUUACCUCAAGAGCUCCCACUAUUGUCACUCUAUUAAAUCUGUAUGUAAGGAUCCCAUAACAUUAGAAAGUGCUGUUUAUCAGUAUAUUAUCAUGUUUUCGUUUCUUGUCUUUGACAUUAGGUAGUUCAGGCUCUGCACUCUCUGAUCCGACAUGUGGUAUAUAAAGGCCUGGCAUCUGCAGAGGAAAUUCUAUCCAUCUUCCCGGAAAACUUCCAUCAGAGUCUAAAGAAUUUGCUGACCAAAAUGAUUCUGGAGAAUCUGUGAGUACAAAGUUUCAGAUUAAUUUGCUUUAGGCCAACUUCAUCAGAAAUCUCUGUAAACAGGCCCGGACUGGCUAUCGGGCCCACCAGGCUCUGCGAUAGCCAGGGACCAAGGCCUGCAAGAGAAGUCACAGGACCUCCCCGGCCUGUCCAUGCAGGGCCCGCGCUAUCAGAGCGCCUGCCCUGCAGUAUUCCAUGAAACAAUACCACGCCACAAUCGGCUCACUCUACACACACGCAAUCCCACAAGCAGGCUCCAAACACAUUCACAAUACUUUUUCCUGGCCCUUUCGUCUCCUGGUAUCCCAUUUAUAGAGACACCAGAGACAGGUUAAAAGCAAACACAAUGCAAGCAUGUUAUUACAUUUGCUUGGGCUGUACAGAACAAAUACAGGGCUUUUUUCCUCAUGCUAGAACUCUUCAGAGGGGCUCUGCGCAUUGAACCAACAUGCUCACUUUGAGAGGGGGCGUGCUUGUCAUUAGUGAUGACAAAACACACCCUCUUGCCCCUACCCCUUCUUAGUGGGCUGCUGUGAUUAAAAAAAAAAUGCCCGGGCCAAAUUUUUUCCCCAGUCUGGCCCUGUCUGUAAACAUCUGUACUGCCAACACUGACCAUCGCUAGCUUGGGGUGGAUUGACCAAACAAAUGUAAAUGUUCAAAAUUCGUAAAUUUGGAAGUAAAAUCUUACUUUGCAAUUUUUGCCUAAAUUAAAAUGUGCAAUUUAUUAAAAUUCCCUGUCUAUUGAAUAAUUCUCUAUUUUUAUAUGUUAUUCAAUGUUGGAGGAUGAUGAUGAUUUCAUUAUUUUAUUAUUUUAAUUAGUGCUUAAAAACUUGUAGUUAAUUUAUUUUGUGUGCUUUCUCUACAGAUCUGCAUGGAGGAAUAAUGCACAGAACAAUAAUAGUGAGUACCAGGCAUUGUCAUCUGUUGUCAUAACAAAUUUUCUUACCUUAGUGCAGUGGUUUUGGUGUAUAGGUCAUAACCGUGCAGUAUCACUGCUCAAUUCUCUGCCAUUUAGGAGUUAAAGGGACACUAUAGUCAACAUAUAAAAGCAAGAAAGACAGGUCUCCCAGCCUUCUUUCUUGCUUUUAAAUGAACUUGCCGUUUAAAAAAAAAAAAAAAAAAAUCUGAGCACUUUUUAAUAAUAAAACUUACAUCUGUUCCAGCGCCGAGCUUCCCGCCAGGCCACGCCCCGUUUUUCAUCAAAAUGCCGAAAUCGCAGGGCCCAAUAGGACGCUUCUCUUUGAGAAGCGUCAUCGCGACGUGGUGUGCUUACGCAGCUUCGCGCUGCACCAAUCGCGUUCUUCAUAGAGCGGCAUUGAAUCCAUUCAUCCAUCCCUAACUAUCCAUCCAUCAAUCCAUCUCUCUCUCUCCCUCUUCCCCCAAUAAGUUUACUUAUAAUUUGAAUCCCCCCCUCCUGCUCGGUCUCCUCUUCAUCCUGUCAGCUCUUAAUCCCACGUGACAGCUUGCAGACAGAAUGAUUGUGCCCUCUGUCUGCUGACAGCAGAUCUGAGUGGAUUGAGGAGUUUUAUGCCUCAAUCAACUCGGAAAUCCCUCUGGUGGCAAUCUGAGUGACGGCAACUGGAGGUGUUCCUAGCUUUCAAUGUAAACACUGUAUUUGCUCAGAAAAUACAGUGUUUACAUGAGAGAGACUGCAGGGAGCUAUAGAGCUCACUUCAACAACCUCAUUAAGAUGUUGUUCAGGUGACUAUAGUGUCCCUUUAACCCCUUAAGACCGGAGGGCGUACGAUUACGCCCUAUUCUAAGCGGCUCUAAACGCCGCCGGGCGUAAUAGUACGCCCUCCGGUCUUUCGGUACUUACUGCCUGUAAUGACAGGUGGUCCCCCUGCUGGCUGAAAAUAAAAAUAAAAUAAAUAAAUAGUGUAAAAAAAAAAUAAUAUAUAUUAUAUAUAUAUAUGAUUUAAGUAUAUAUAUACACAUAUACAUACACACACGUACACCGUCUAGGUGUAUUUUACUAUUAAUAUAUAUAUAAUUAUAUAUAUAUUAAUAUCAAAUUACACGUAGACUGAUACUGAUUAAAUAUGUAUAUAAUUAUUGUUAUAUAUAUAUAUAUAUAUAUAUAUAUAUAUAUAUAUAUUUAUAUAUAAUAUAAAAAAAUAAAAAUGGAAAUAUGUUAAAAAAUAAAAUUAAGAAAAUAAUUAAAAAUAAAUAAUUAAAAAAUAUAUAGAUGUGUGUUAUUUCGUUCUAACUGUAUUGUAAAUUAAUAUAUAUAUCUCAAAAUACACAUAGAACGAAAUCAUAUAUAUAUCAAUAUACAUAAAUAUAUACGUAUAUAUCACUAUAUAUAUACCUAUAUAUAAAUAAAAAUAUUUUAAAAAAAUUAUAUAGAUAUAUACAUAUAUAUAUACAUAUACGUAUAUAUAUACAUAUAUUAAUUCUACAUAUAUAUUUAUGUAAUAUUUUAACAUAAUUAGGUAUCUUAAUUAAUUACAAUUAGCAGGACCUGCCUGACAACCCAUGCCGAAAGUAAAGGGAAUUUAAUUUGCUAGCACUAUAUUUAACCCUAUAACUUUCCAAGACACCAUAAAACCUGUACAUGGUGGGUACUGUUCUACUCGGGAGACUUCGCUGAACACAAAUAUUAGUGUUUCAAAACAGUAAAAUGUAUUACAACGAUGAUAUCGCCAGUAAAAGUGACGUUUUUUGCAUUUUUCACGCACAAACAGCAUUACACGGACAAUAUUAUUGCUGUGAUACUUUUUACUGUUUUGAAACACAAAUAUUUGUGUUCAGCGAAGUCUCCCGAGUACAACAGUACCCCUCAUGUACAGGUUUUAUGGUGUUUUCAAAAGUUACAGCGUCAAAUAUAAGGCUUGCGUUUUUUUUUUCACAUUAAAAUUCGCCAGAUUGGUUACGUUGCCUUUGAGACCCUAUGGUAGCCCAAGAAUGAAAAUUACCCCUAUGAUGGCAUACCAUUUGCAAUAGUAGACAACCCAAGGUAUUGCAAAUGGGGUAUGUCCAGUCUUUUUUAGUAGCCACUUAGUCACAAACACUGGCCAAAAUUGGCGUUUUUUGCAUUUUUCACACACAAACAAAUACUAACGCUAACUUUGGCCAGUGUUUGUGACCAAAUGGCUACUAAAAAAGACUGGACAUACCCCAUUUGCAAUACCUUGGGUUGUCUACUAUUGCAAAUGGUAUGCCAUUAUGGGUGUAAAUUUCAUUCCCGGGCUACUAUACAGCCUCAAAGGCAACGUAACCAAUCUGGCGAAUUUCAAUUUCAAAUGUAACGUGCUAUAUUUGACCCUGUAACUUCCCAAAACGCCUUAAAACCUGUACAUAGAGGGUACUGUCUUACACGUGAGACUUUACUGAAUACAAAUAUGUGUAUUUUAUUGCAGUAAAAGCAAACAGUAUUAUGACAUUGACCUUUAAAAUGUCACGUAGAACUAAAAAAAUAAAAAAAAUUGUAUUUUCUCCCAUUUUUAUCAUAUUAAAUUAUGUUUCAUAGCUAAACAUUUGAUAUGAAAUGAAAGCUCUGUUUCCCCUGAAUAAAAUGAUAUAUAAUAAGGGUGGGUGCAUUUAAUAUGAAAGAGGUGAAUUACGGUUGGACAGACAUGUAGCGCAAAUGCCAGGUUUUGUUUACAUUUUGUUUUGUUCACAACGUGUAUAUUUGGCUCCGUCCUUAAGGGGUUAAAUCACUUUAUUUAUGCAACCCUAGCCACAAUUGCAUGCGACUCUCACACAGUAUCUCUACACAUUUCCUGUAAAGCGAGAUCUAAUGGUUAACCCCUUAGUGACCAGACUGUUUUUCUCGCCAUUAAAUGGUAUUUCUAAAGAUACCAUUAUUUUCAUCAUAUCCUAUAAUUUACUGUAAAAAAAAUAAAUAAAAUAUAUAUAUAUUUUUUUUUUUAAAAACACACUUUUUCUAACUUUGACCCCCAAAAUCUUACGCAUCUACAAUCGCCAAAAAACACCCACGCUAAAUGUUUCAAAAUUUUGUCCUGAGUUUAGAAAUACCCAAUGUUAACAUGUUCUUAGCUUUUAGAUUUUUUAUUUUUUUGCAAGUUAUAGGGCUAUAAGUACAAGUACACUGUUUCAAAAUAUAUAUUUUUAAAAUGUAUCAAUAGAAUCAUAGAAUGUGAAGGCAGAUAAGAACCAUUCGGUCCAUCUAGUCUGCCCAAUUUUCUAAAUACUUUCAUUAGUCCUGCAUGCUGGAAGACUAUUCCAUGCAUCCACUACCCUCUCAGUAAAGUAAUACUUCCUGAUAUUCUUUUUAAACCUUUGCCCCUCUAAGUUAAGACUAUGUACUCUUGUUGUGGUAGUUUUUUCUUCUUUUAAAUACAGUCUUCUCCUUUACUGUGUUGAUUCCUGUUAUGUAUUUAAAUGUUUCUAUCAUAUCCCCCCUCUCUUGUCUUUCCUCCAAGCUAUACAUGUUAAGUUCCUUUAACCUUUCCUGGUAAGUUUUAUCCUGCAAUCCAUGAACCAGUUUAGUAACCCUUCUCUGAACUCUCUCUAAGGUAUCAAUAUCCUUCUGAAGAUACGGUCUCCAGUACUGCGUACAAUACUCCAAGUGAGGUCUCGCCAGUGUUUUGUACAAUGGCAUGAGCACUUCCCUCUGUCUACUGCUUAUAGUAACAUUGUAACACUCUUAUCUGUCAUAAAUCUCUGAAUCACACCGCACAUGUACAUAAUUUUUUUUAAAGUAGACAACCCAGGGUAUUCAAUAUGGGGUAUGUCCAGUCUUUAUUUUUUUUAGUGGCCACUAAUGUCACAAACAUUGGCCAAAGUUAUAAUAAAAAUAAAAGAGUGAGACAGCGCUUGGUUAACUUAUAGGCAGCAACCUUAAAAGGGGAUCCCUCAAACCCUUUGAAAUAAGGUAAAUAAAAAACAGUAAAAGGCUGCGCCACAAUAAAUAAUAAAAAAAUAUAUAGAAAAUAGUCCAAUAGAAAGUCCAAAAAAGGGAGAAGAUCCCAAUAUUUAUCCUUACAGGUAGUCUUUGGUGGUAAGGUCUUCUACUGAUAUGGUGGAUCCACUUGGUAUGAAAGAUAAAAAGAGAGAGGGACAACCAAUGGUGCAGUAUGUAAAAUUCAAAUGUGAAUAUAAAAGAGUAAUAGUAUAAAACUCACAUUUACCAGAGCUAAUAUCCAGCUCUGGAGUAAGGUGCCUACAGCGGUUUAAAUCCCCGCUUAUGGGAUAUAAAUGGGUUUCUCUCCGUCGUUGGUGUCCAAUUCUCGGAAUAAAAGAGACAACUAAUAGUGCUCACUGUAUAGUAUUGUUGGUAAAAUAAUAAAAGAAUGUACUUACAAGGUAAGAGCAGGCCAACUGCUCUAUGAUGAUAGCUUGGGUGGAUUGAUCCCCACCUAAGGAUUUCUUUAAGUACAGGAAACUUCCAGGGAUAUUAUCCAAUGGUUUAUAAAACCAAUAAAAAUACUAAAAAGCCAGGGUAAAAGGAAAAGUUAUGUGUCUUUAAAAAAGUUGGCACAAAUAAAUGACCAAAAAUACUUUAAUAUAAUAAAAGAACACAAAUAUUAAAUAUCCAUAACGCGUUUCGUCAAAAAAAAGACUUUUUCAAAUGGAUUUACAUAUGAUACCUGGCUAAUAGAUGUUUUAUAAGGAUAAAACUAAUUUGAAUUUGGCGCCAAAAAUGGUACAACCAAUCAGAGUUAAAAACAAAAUUAAAACAUUAAAUUGCAUAAAUAACUCAAUAAAUGUAUAAAUAAUACUAUAACAUGAUAUUAAAUUGUUUGGAUCAAAAACGAAGGUGUUAAAUUGUGUUUUUAAACAUUAAUAAAAAGUCACAUGUCCAAACAGCACUUCCGCUUUUCGGAAGUAAAACACAAUGCCACAUGGGAAAUGUAGUCAAAAUGGCCGCAAAAAGCGGCCGCAUGUAACAGUAAAAUAAGCAGAUGAUUGCAUAAUUAUAGCCUUCACAGAGUGUUGGAUGGAAUUAGAAAUUAAAAACGAAGGGGAGCAAUAGAUUUAAAGCUAAUCAGAAUUGGUCACAUGGUUUUUCGGCACUUCCGCAAAUCGGAAGAUAUAGCCGCAAUGCAUGUAGGGAGAUGUAGUUUAACCCACAAUAACAGGAACAAGUACAGCAGAUAAAUGUACUUGCAGGGAAAAGACAGUUUACAAUUGUAAAUACAUGAGCUUAGGAGCAUAGAAAAGUAAAACAAUGAUAAAAAAUUACAUUAUUCAUCAGUAACAAUAAAAGCAUAAUUAUUUAAAGGUACAGGCAGCAACAUUUUUUUUAAAAAUUAUAAAAAAUUAUAAAAAGUUAUGUAAAUCAAAGUCUGCAUUAAGACCAUGGGGUAUAAGAGUCUGAAGUUUAUACAACCAUUCCAUCUCUGUUUUUCCAAGCAUCUUUUUUAUGUCACCUCCACGCCAGGAGGUAGAGCAUUUGGUUAUACCAAUACAUUUUAAUAGGCGUGGAUCUCUGUUAUGCAUAAUAAAAUGUUUGGAUACUGUAUGAUUCAGGUAUCCAUUUUUGAUAUUUCUGCAAUGUUCAAAUAUCAAAAAUGGAUACCUGAAUCAUACAGUAUCCAAACAUUUUAUUAUGCAUAACAGAGAUCCACGCCUAUUAAAAUGUAUUGGUAUAACCAAAUGCUCUACCUCCUGGCGUGGAGGUGACAUAAAAAAGAUGCUUGGAAAAACAGAGAUGGAAUGGUUGUAUAAACUUCAGACUCUUAUACCCCAUGGUCUUAAUGCAGACUUUGAUUUACAUAACUUUUUAUAAUUUUUUAUAAUUUUUAAAAAAAAUGUUGCUGCCUGUACCUUUAAAUAAUUAUGCUUUUAUUGUUACUGAUGAAUAAUGUAAUUUUUUAUCAUUGUUUUACUUUUCUAUGCUCCUAAGCUCAUGUAUUUACAAUUGUAAACUGUCUUUUCCCUGCAAGUACAUUUAUCUGCUGUACUUGUUCCUGUUAUUGUGGGUUAAACUACAUCUCCCUACAUGCAUUGCGGCUAUAUCUUCCGAUUUGCGGAAGUGCCGAAAAACCAUGUGACCAAUUCUGAUUAGCUUUAAAUCUAUUGCUCCCCUUCAUUUUUAAUUUCUAAUUCCAUCCAACACUCUGUGAAGGCUAUAAUUAUGCAAUCAUCUGCUUAUUUUACUGUUACAUGCGGCCUCUUUUUGCGGCCAUUUUGACUACAUUUCCCAUGUGGCAUUGUGUUUUACUUCCGAAAAGUGGAAGUGCUGUUUGGACAUGUGACUUUUUAUUAAUGUUUAAAAACACAAUUUAACACCUUCGUUUUUGAUCCAAACAAUUUAAUAUCAUGUUAUAGUAUUAUUAUUUAUACAUUUAUUGAGUUAUUUAUGCAAUUUAAUGUUUUAAUUUUGUUUUUAACGCUGAUUGGUUGUACCAUUUUUGGCGCCAAAUUCAAAUUAGUUUUAUCCUUAGAAAACAUCUAUUAGCCAGGUAUCAUAUGUAAAUCCAUUUGAAAAAGUCUUUUUUUUUGACGAAACGCGUUAUGGAUAUUUAAUAUUUGUGUUCUUUUAUUAUAUUAAAGUAUUUUUGGUCAUUUAUUUGUGCCAAUCAACUUUUUUAAAGACACAUAACUUUUCCUUUUACCCUGGCUUUUUAGUAUUAUUUUUAUUGGUUUUAUAAACCAUUGGAUAAUAUCCCUGGAAGUUUCCUGUACUUAAAGAAAUCCUUAGGUGGGGAUCAAUCCACCCAAGCUAUCAUCAUAGAGCAGUUGGCCUGCUCUUACCUUGUAAGUACAUUCUUUUAUUAUUUUACCAACAAUACUAUACAGUGAGCACUAUUAGUUGUCUCUUUUAUUCCGAGAAUUGGACACCAACGACGGAGAGAAACCCAUUUAUAUCCCAUAAGCGGGGAUUUAAACCGCUGUAGGCGCCUUACUCCAGAGCUGGAUAUUAGCUUUGGUAAAUGUGAGUUUUAUACUAUUACUCUUUUAUAUUCACAUUUGAAUUUUACAUACUGCACCAUUGGUUGUCCCUCUCUCUUUUUAUCUUUCAUACCAAGUGGAUCCACCAUAUCAGUAGAAGACCUUACCACCAAAGACUACCUGUAAGGAUAAAUAUUGGGAUCUUCUCCCUUUUUUGGACUUUCUAUUGGACUAUUUUCUAUAUAUUUUUUAUUAUUUAUUGUGGCGCAGCCUUUUACUGUUUUUUAUUGGUCAAAGUUAGCAUUUAUAUCUGUUUGUGUAUUAAAAAUGCAAAAAACAAUUAUGAACGCUAACUUUGGCCAGUGACUAAGUGGCCACUAAAAAACACUGAAUAUACCCCAUUUUUGUCAUGGAGGCUGUGUGAGUCACAGCCAGGAAUAACAAAAGUGAUAUAACUCCUAAGUAGCAGAGAAUUUUGCAGUGAGACUGCAGGGGCAUGAUUUACACACCAAAAUGACUUUAAGCUAAAGUUGUUUUGGUGCUUAACGUGUACCUGUAAGAAAAGCUACAGAUCCUGUUCUUCCCACUAAUAAGUCUUGCAUAGUUUUUUGACAUCCCCAUUCCUCCUGUCCUGUCCCUUCGUUCAUAUUCAUGGAAUUCAUUGAGCCAAUCUCUCUAUUGUUCUGCAGUCUCCUUACCUCGUCUUGUUGAUCUGAAAUGGAGAGUGGACAUAAAGACCUCAUCAGACUCGGUUAUGCGAAUGGCAAUUCCCACCUGCCUGUUACAAAUGAAAGUAAGCAACUGUGCCAUUGACGGCGGUUGUAUAUGUAAAAGAUGAGUCAGAGAUGUAGUUUAAUGCAAUGUAGGCCAAGUCUUAAUGGUGUGUCUUUUUGUGUGUGUGUAUGUAUGUGUGUGCUUAUUUUGGGGGAUAUGGAGUGGUGGUGGGGGGGGAAGUGUUGUGCUGUUUUGUGUUUGUUUGUUGUUUUCAUUGACCAAAGAGGAUCAAGGGUAAUCCAGGAGAUGACCUGAAGAAAAGUAUUUGCCUAUAUGGUUGCAUUACGUAAUAAUAUGUAAUCUUAUUUCAUUUAAAAAAAUCAUAAUAAAAAAUAAGUUUUCCCUUUAAAGUGACACCCACCACUCAAAUAGACUUUAACUUGUUUAAUAUAAUGUGUAGAUAAUACACUUACACAUGCAGACAUAUAUAUUAUAUAUAAUUUAAAAAAAUGCUAAUUGUUGGUGUACAUGUAUUUGCAGCAAAUAUCCAUAAUUUCCAGCUUAUGAAGUAAACCAAUAAGUGUUUCAGGCAGUACCAGUACUAACGCAGAGCAUAUCACAUGGCAGCACUCAGCAUAGGAUUGCGGUAAUUAUAGUUUGGAUAUCGACUUUCUACUGAAAGCUGUACAGUCUGCUGAUUUAUCAAAAAAAAAUUUUAUUAUCAUGGAAAACUAUUUUUACAAAAUGAAAAAUACAAAUUACACGUUCUCUGUUAUACGUCUUGCGUUGCUCUUAUCUCAUUCUGGAAUAUGAUGUAAAUCUGAUACCAAUUACGAACGCUGUGGCUUUAUGGCUAAUUUUCCAGAUUCAGGAGGAUGCAGAGCUGUGCGGGCUCAAUCCAGCCACUUCCACACUGACCAUGGAGCUCAGCAAAGAGACACUGGACACCAUGCUGGAAGGCUUGGGCAGGAUACGAGACCAGCUGUCUGCAGUGGCUAACAAAUAA